GUAAAGCAAAUAUGAACACCAGAAAAGCUAGCCACGAUGAAACAACUACUGAAGACAAGGAAAAUCAGCCUUUUGAAGCACAUGAAAGCACAGUGAAAACACCUCUGAAACAGACAGCUACCUCCAAUCAGCUCCUGGCAGAGAUCCAGCCUGCUGCUUUCGGCCAUCUGACAACACCACCAAAGCCUAAUGAUAUCUCUCCUGGAGACCCAUGGACGCCAACAGCUAACCUUAAAAUGCUGAUCAGUGCAGCAAGUCCUGAGAUUAGGAAUCGAGAACAGGAAAAGAGACUGACAGACAGCAGAAGUGAAAUCCCUGAGGACCAUUUUUCAGGAGAUGACUAUGAGAAAUCCCAACCAAGUCGUAAAGAGAAAAGCCUAGGGUUGCUGUGUCACAAAUUUUUAGCUCGCUAUCCUAGCUAUCCAAGUACUUCUAAAAACAAUGAAAUUUGCCUUGAUGAAGUAGCUGAAGAGCUUAAUGUUGAACGCAGGCGCAUCUAUGACAUAAUGAAUGUGCUAGAGAGUCUUCACAUGGUGAGUCGACUUGCCAAAAACAAGUAUUCUUGGCAUGGACGUCAUAAUCUUAAAACAACACUACAACUUUUGAAAAAGGUGGCUGAGGAGAACAAGUACAUGCAGCAGCUUGAGUUGAUUAAAAAGCGAGAAUCAGAACAAGAGCCUGUGGACGAUGGUGAGAAAAUGAAGCUGAUGAGUGAGCAUGUUGGGCUGAACCUUCAUAAUGACAUUUCUUUUGUGGAGCUUCCUGGGAUGGAGUUUCGAGCAGCUUCAGUAAAUAGUCGUAAAGACAAAUCUUUAAGAGUGAUGAGCCAGAAAUUUGUGAUGUUGUUUCUGGUAUCAACCUCCCAAGUUGUGAGUCUUGAAGUUGCUGCUAAAAUUUUGAUCGGAGAAGAUCAUGUUGAGUACUUAGAUAAAAGCAAGUUCAAAACUAAAAUUCGGCGGCUGUAUGAUAUUGCUAAUGUUCUCAGUAGCCUUGAGCUGAUCGAGAAGGUUCAUGUUACAGAAGAGAAGGGCCGCAAGCCAGCAUUUAAAUGGACAGGACCAGCUGUUUUUUCAGAUAUUCAGGGUCCGCAACCCAUACUUACAGCUGCUAUGGUUGGUGCAUCUCGUCCUGUGGAAGGGAAGUUUUCCAAAGAAAAUUGUUCCAAGAAUCUCUUCCAUGCAAGAAACAAGCAAGGCUUCACACGGCAUUCAUCCUUAAUCAAAGUGGCUAAGAGUAUGCGAAGUGAUUGGAGAAAGAUUCGUUCUGCUCCAAGUAGCCCCAUCAAGAAAAAUACAAGUCACAUUCCAUUAAGCUGUCCAAACAAGAUGGCUCAACUUGCAGCAAUCUGCAAACAGCAAUUAGAUGAGCAGUCACGGAAAAUAAAAAAUAGAAAUGUGAAACUGGACAUUCCAUGUGCUUCAGCUUUGCCUCUUGAACCCUGUUUGAAAGCCAGACCAUUCCUGUUGCCUUCUCAGGCUGAGAUGCUACCUCUGAUGACCUCCUCAAUGUCUCCAGCAGCAGUAUCCCCUAUCCAUUCUAGUAUGCCCUAUGCAGUGUAUUUGCAUCCUUCCCAAACACAGAUAGUGACUGCAUGCAACCCAGGCCUUGCAAUACAGCCCGUUCCCUCUGCUAGUGCAAUUAGAAAGGCGUCUCCAGUAGCGGCGAGGUCACAAGCAGUCCCUGCUCAGGUGCUUACUGAGGACGAUGGCAGCAGGUUAGAAAGAAAUGAUGCUACUGCUCAAGACCAGAACCUCUGUCUGGCUAAGGAGCAGCAGGAGGGUACAAAAGAUGCUUUGGUGCCUGAGAAAUGUUUUAAGAGGUGUAAUGCAUUACUGGAGGAGAGCCCAACUAAAAAAUGUAAGAGCGAAGAGGUGGAGCUUCAAGAUGUGCUUCUGGGAGAACAUGUUAUGAGUAAAAAAGCCCAAUCUUCCCUAACUUUCCAUCUGGGCCAAGAAGACUUAACUUCACCGACAAGACAACAAUCGGAAAAAAUGGAUCAGCACUUGGAAUAUCAACCUGAGCAACAGAAGCAGGAAGAUGUUUUGAAAUAUGAUAAAAUUGCCAUCGCACAGGGGAUACCUGCAGCUUUUGUCGCUCAUAAGCUUAAGACUUGGUUUCCUUCAGCUUUCCUUAUACCUCUUCCUCAGUGCACCAGGUUUGUCAGCGGGACCACCCUCUCGAACCAGGAAAAAGCUGAGGUCCCCCCAGCAGAACAGGAAUCCUGCGGCUCUUCUGUUGUUGGUGGCAUUCCAGCAACAUCUGACUUAACAGCAGUUAAUGUCCCUGCUCUUCAUAUAGCACCUCUCAGCCUGAUGCUGCCACCUUCGGCUGUAGCUGCCCUACCUGUGUUGGAUAGCACUGCUCUUGCUUCAGCCCAUGCUAGUCCUGUCCAAGUUCCCGACUCUUCCAUGCUGAACUUUACGUUACAACAUUUAGGACUGAUCCCAACCAGCAUAAAGGUGUCUGCAGAUCAGGGACUUGGACCUGCCCUGAUUUUUCCAGGAGCAGAAUGUGUUACUUCUGUCCCCAGAAGUGAAGGCUUGAAACAAGGGAAAACAUUACAGAAUAUCUUACCAGCACGCAGCCAUGAUUGCAGUGGAAAAACAGUUCCAACUGCUCCUUUGCAGCAGACCACCGUUCCUGUGCCAUCCAGUGAUUCUGAAGAUUGCAAUGAAAAUGUUUUCCAAACAUCAUCUGAGUUGCCCCCACAUCCUGGUCUUUAUUCAGUCUCUUGUGAAUCAGCUGAAAUUUCCCAAGGAAAAUUAGGUAUUAUACAAGGAGAGCAUGAUAUGUCAACGCAACUGCAUUUGGAAGGACCAUCUGAGUGUAAUCUGAAGGCCCUGCAUUGUUCUACAACUUGCUCAUAACUGGU